AUGGGCUAUCUCAAACAAAUUGAUAUUGAAAACUUCAAGUCGUGGCGAGGAAAAACCGUCAUCGGUCCCUUCAUGCGAUUUAAUUGUAUAAUUGGCACAAAUGGUUCCGGCAAGUCCAAUGUGAUGGACGCCCUGAGCUUUGCCACCGGGGAGCGGGUUGCCUCUCUGCGGGUGAAGCACCUUAGGGACCUGGUCCACGGAGCCCACAUCGGGCGGCCGGUCCGCGACACUGCCCGCGUGGCCCUGCGGUGCUGCGACGACGAGGACCAGGAGACCGUCUUCUCCCGGAGCAUCUUAGGUGACUCCUCCCAGUAUCGCAUCGAUGAUGUUCAGGUCACACUGACCAAAUACAUCGAGGAGUUGGAGAAGAUCGACAUUGUGACCAAGGCUCGAAACUGUCUGGUGUUCCAGGGGGCGGUGGAGUCCAUAGCUCUGAAGGACCCAAAGGAGAGGACCAAGAUGUUUGAGUGCAUCAGUCAGUCGAGAGAGUACGCUGCAGAGUACGAGAUGAAGAAGAAGGCCCUGCUGAACGCUAAAGAGGAUACACAGUUUCACUUCAACAAGAAGAAGUCAGCUACCGUCGAGAGGAAACAGGUUUCCCAGGAGAAAAUAGAGGCCCAGAAGUACCAGACGCUGCUGGACAACCUUCACCAAAACCGCCUGCAGCUGAGCCUGGCUGAGCUCUUCUGUAAUGAAAAGGGCAUCAACGUCCUCAGCGACAUCCUGAGGGAGAAACAGCUGGCUGCAGCUGCCAAGAACAACACACUGGUGAAGGAAGAGCAGACGGUCAAAACCUACAAGAAGGAACAUGGACGUCUCACCAGAGAGCAGCAGCACAUAGAGAAGGAGAUCCGUGCCCAGGAGCAUGUCCUGUCCCAGUGUCGAUCCCAGUACAUCAAAGCCAGAGUUAACACCUCCCAUCACAUGAAGAAGGCCGGGGAGGUCCGUGAUGCCCUGAGGAAGAGCCAGAAGCUGAUUGCUAUUAAAGAGCAGGAGCUAGCCGAAGAAAGGCAGGAGAUCUCUGAACUGGAGAGGACCUGGAGGAACUAUGAGAAGGAGCAGAAGAAGAAGGGAGCCUCGCUGAAGAGAGACAUUCAGCUGGAUGAGGAUCAGCUGGAGCGAUACAAAGAGCUGAAGGAGCUGGCCCGAAAGCAGGGGGCGGUCCUCGGCCAGCAGGCAGAGAGGCUGCACUGGGAGGUGACAGCGGACAACGAGAAGAUGGCUUUCGACCAGCGGCGUAAGAAGGAAGUGGAGGUCGCCGUCAGGAACAACCAGACUCAGCUGGAAGAUUUGAUACGCAGAGCAGAUAAGCUCGAAGAGUACACCAAGACCUGCAAGUCGUCCCUUGAAGAGUACCGUCAGCUGGAGGAGAGCCUCAGUGCGGAGCUGCAGCGAGGCCGCCAGCGCAGCGAGGAGCUGAAGCAGGAGCUGGGCCAGGUGAUGGAGGAGCUGGGGAACGCCCACCUGGACAGCCAGGAGAGCAGAUGCCAGCAGCGACGCAACGAGCUGCUGGACAGGCUCCGCAGUCUCUUCCCAGAAACUGUGUUUGGCCGUCUGUCUGACUUGUGCAGCCCCGUCCAUAAGAAGUACCAGCUGGCUGUCAUCAAGGUGUUUGGCCGCUUCAUGAACGCCAUCGUCGUGUCCUCGGAGAAAGUGGCUCGUGAAUGCAUCUCUUUCAUCAAGGAAGAGAGAGCCGAGCGCGAGACCUUCCUGCCCAUCGACUACUUGGAUAUGAGUCCUAUGAAUGAGCGGCUGAGGGAGAUGCCCGGCGCCAAGAUGGUGGUCGAUGUCGUACAGGUUAACAAUGCCACCGGCUCCGCUCAGCUCAGGAAGGUGGUGCAGUUUGUCUGCGGUAACGCGCUGGUGUGCGAGACCAUCAAAGAAGCAAGGAGCGUGGCCUUUGACGGACAAGUGCGCCUUAAGACGGUGGCUCUGGACGGGACGCUGUUCACAAAGGCAGGCGUGAUCUCCGGAGGCUCCAGUUCCCUCCGGACCAAAGCCCGGUGCUGGGACGAGAAGGACAUGAUGCGGCUGAAGGCGCGCAAGGACCAGCUGACGGCAGAGAUGCGCGUAAGUCAACACACAAAAUAUCAGGUCACUCAGGAUUUGAUGAAGCUGAAGCGGAAGGACUCAGACCUGAAGCAGACGAUUGCUCAGGCUCAGGGCGCUAAGACCCGCCUCAAAUACUCCAAUGCAGACCUGGAUAACAUUCAGAAGAAAAACAUCCCUCACUGCCAAGCGGAGAUUUCUCGUAUGGAGAGCGAGCUGGCGAACCUGGACUCCCAGAUCCAGAUGCAGCAGGAGAGCGUGGAGGCAAAGGAAGACGAGAUGAAGAGCAUCAGAGACCGGAUCGACCAGAUGGAGGACACGGUGUUCUUUGACUUCUGUGCUGAGAUCGGCGUGGACUGCAUCAGAGAGUACGAACAGGAGCACCUGAAACAGCAGACGGAGCUCGACAGGAAGCGGCUGGAGUUUGAGAGUCAGUGCACCCGCUUGAAUGCACGGCUGGAGUACGAACAAGACCAACUCACACAGCAGAGGAAGAAACUCCAGAAAAUGGAGGAAACCAUCGACAAGGAGGAGAAAACCAUGGCCGAGCGGAGGGAGGAUGAGGAGAAGCUUCUGGCAGCGGUGGAGGACGGUCAGAAGAAACAGCUGGAGCUGAACGACCAGCUGCUGUCUCAGAAGAGCCAGGUGGCCGCUGCCAAAGCUGAGCUGGACCAGAAAACCCAGAGCCUGAAAGAGACCAACAAAGAGUUGGUGAAGCUCCAGCGGGAGGUGAUGUCUGCAGAGUCGGCCUUGGAGCAGAAGCGCUUGGCCAGGCACAACAUGCUGCUGGCCUGCAAGAUCCAGGGUCUGCCCAUCAUUCUGCUGUCGGGGAACCUGGAUGAAAUCAGUGAGAUGCAGCUGGACACUGAAUCUGAAAGCACUUCAACCACCUUGAACAUCUUCGAGAGAGAGGCACGACUCCUCAUCGACUACUCUGGCCUGGACGCAGAACUCACGAGUCUGCAGACGGAGAAGGAGGUGGAGGCCUUCUUGGAGAAGCUGAGGGAGUCCGUCUCCUCCGUAGAGGGAGUGCUGCAUCGCACCACGGCCCCAAACCUGAAAGCUCUGGCCAAGAUGAGGGAGGUGAAGGACAUGUUACAGGGAGUCACAGACGCGUUUGAAGCCAGCACCAAAGCAGCCAGAAAAUGCAAUCAGGAGUUCGAGCAAGUCAAAGACCGACGCUUGAACCUCUUCAACCGGUGCUUCGAACACGUGUGUGUCGUAAUCGAUCAGAUCUAUAAAAGGAUAUGCAGGAACAACAGCGCCCAGGCCAUCCUGAGUGCGGAGAAUCCAGAAGAGCCGUAUCUCGGAGGCAUCAACUACAACUGCGUGGCGCCGGGGAAACGCUUCAUGUCCAUGGACAAUCUGUCCGGUGGAGAAAAGGCCAUCGCCGCCCUCGCCCUGGUGUUCGCCAUCCACAGCUUCCGUCCUGCUCCCUUCUUCAUCUUGGACGAGGUGGACGCCGCGCUGGACAACACCAACAUAGGCAAGGUGACCAGUUUCAUCAGAGAGCAGUCUCGGGAGAACAUGCAGAUCAUCGUCAUCUCCCUGAAGGAGGAGUUCUUCUCCAAGGCCGACGCUUUGCUGGGAGUCUACUCGGACUUUGAAGAAUGCAUGUUCAGCCGCAUUCUGACCCUGGACCUGCGACCCUACCCUCUGGUUGACGAGGACAGCGAGAGGCAGGCGGACGUUGAGAAGACGGGACUCGUGUAG